AUGUCGAACUUUACAGCUACCCCAGCUAGAAAAUCAGACAUAGUCUUGAGAACUCCUGAUGAUGAAUCGUCAGUAGCAGAGUUAGUACGCAAUUUUGAUUGGGCAUCUACCCCAUUAGGACCUAUGAGCAGUUGGCCUCACUGGUUAAAAGUAGCAACUGAUUUGUGUCUUCACUCCAUGAUUCCCAUGGCGUUGUUCGUAGGGGUUGACAGAAUUUCAAUAUACAAUCAAAAGUUUGCAGAGGUCAUUCAAAACGUUCACCCAGCUGCCUUAGGGAGAUCAGCACUUGAAUCAUUUACCGAGGCGAGGGAGUUCCUAACACCCAUAUUUGAUGCAGCUCUUGCAGGAAAUGGCCAACUUAUACCAGAUAUCUGUACGCGUAUUAUACGAGCGGGUUACUUAGAAGAAAUAUACACCGUUAUGUCUCUUAGUCCAAUAUUUGCAGAGGACGGUAAAGUAGCAGGAUUGAUCAAUAUCGUUCCAGAGUCAACAAGCACGACGUCAGUUGAAAGUACAUGUCACAUUAUUACUAAAAUCCUCAAAAAUAAUGUCGAUAUACCAUAUGCUAUAUUUUAUGUUGUGGAGAAUCAAGAAAGUGGAUUCGAAAACGAACCGAAAAGAGUGCGAUUAGAAGCCACGACGUUCGAUAAUAAUCUAAUUGCUGUCAAAAGAACUGAUGGAAAUGAAGAAUAUAUGUAUAUACAUGGACAAUCCAGUAGAAACAUACCAGGCCAUUUAUUAAAUACACCUGAUGUAAUACCCAUUCCUAAAUCUGAGGAAAACAUUGAGCAUCUGGACAUGUAUUCAACCACUGCUGCUCCAUGGCCAAUAGAACGCGUAAUACACCGUGGUCACAACGUAAUUAUACGAUUACCGGAUGACUCAUUGGCUGUUCUAUGCCCGGUGACUUCAAUAUCUAACGGGAAAGACUUGUUAACAGCCGUAAUGAUCUGUGGUAUCGAUAAACACAGAGCAUUCGAUAAAGAGUACAAAGAAUUUCUCCAGCUUGUCAUUAACCGCGUGAGUUCCACUUUUACGAAAGCUCGAUCGCGGGAAGAAGAACGAAGACAAAGAAACAUGUUGGCCGAAUUGGACAGACAGAAGAUUGUCUUUUUCCAAAAUGUCAGUCACGAAUUACGAAGUCCGUUGACUCUUAUGCUUUCACCUUUGGAAGAAGCAAUGGAGCUAUGUCCUAAAAACUCUCCAAUAUUAGGCAAUCUCAAAUUAAUUCAGACCAAUAACCGAAGAUUACUUAAUUUAAUAAACAACUUGUUUCAGGCAAAGGAAAGCCGACUUCACGCAUGGUUUUGCGAAACGAAUAUUGCAAAGUUAACAAUAGAAUUGGCAGCUAGUUUCGAGAGUAUGGCGAAAGCGCUUGGUCUAGAUUAUAAGCUUGAUAUCCCCAGCGAUGAAGAACUUUUCCGUCAAUUGACUCAGAAAGUAUUUUUAGAUCAGGAGAUGUACGAAAAGAUUUUGUUUAAUCUAUGUUCGAACGCGUUUAAACACACAUGGACUGGUGGCGUAACUGUUCGCUUGCUUACAGAGAAAAAAGGGGAGAGACCAGGCGUGAUUCUUGAAGUGUCCGACACAGGUGUUGGAAUACCGGAAGAACAUCUUCCAAAUAUUUUUCAACGCUUUUACCGCGUCGAGUCACAGCCAUCACACGGCAAUGAAGGUACCGGAAUUGGUCUCGCUCUCGUUAAAGAACUCGUCGAGCGACACGAUGGAGAAAUCUACGUCACAUCCCAAGUGAACGUUGGCACUACUUUUCGUAUUUGGAUUCCCGCCGGAUUUUACCAUCUUCCUCAACAGCAAGUUUAUUUUGGAAGCAAAAAAGAUAUAUGUGAAUUUGGUACAGAAUAUGAAAACCAAAUUCAUUCGGAUACAAGCCUGUAUUUGCAUAAGCGCACGCAGAAAGCACACAAGGAGGAGGAAGAGUCUAAUUCAAAGCCUGAUGAACGUGAUCAAAUUAGCUCGACGCAAACGGACAGUGACAGUUUAUCUUUUACAUCCUCACCAGUAUCAGAUGGGUGGUCAGCCUUGCAUAUGGAGCCUAGUUAUAUCGAUUUUGACAGUACAAGAAAAUAUAUUCUUGUCGUCGAUGAUAAUGCAGACAUGAGAAACUAUUUGAACACCUUGAUCAAGAAGCAGUUUGAUUGCGUUUCCGCUGCUGAUGGUUGUGAAGCUCUUAAAAUUGUAAAGAAUUCACAACGGCUGCCUGACCUGAUUCUGAGUGAUGUUAUGAUGCCUAAUAUGGACGGCUUUGAACUGCUCAAAGCAUUACGUAGCAAUCCAACAACACAGACGAUUCCUGUAAUUUUAUUAUCGGCUCGAGCAGGAGAAGCCAGCAUAGAAGGAUUGGAAAAGGGUGCGGACGAUUACAUCGUUAAACCGUUCAACGCUCGUGAACUUAUGGCUCGCAUUCAUGUGACUCUCAAACUUUCUCACGUCCGUCGCCGACUGGUUGCAGAACAACAUCAUCAAGUUGAAAUUAAGCAGUUAUUGUUUGCAAUCAGCAACAAAAUUCGUUCUGGCUUUGGAAUACAAGAAACGCUCGAUACUGCCAUCUCGGAAAUAAAAAAGGUUUUAUUAUGCGAGUCUUUACUGAUAGUGCAGGGUAUUUUUGAACAAGAGAAUAAUAUUGACUGCAAAGUGAUGGCUGCUUCACUACCUUUCACAAUUGAAGCAGAGAAUAUUGUUGGGUGUAAAUUUAGUGGUAUAAACGCUAGGGACUAUACGACGGACAUUAGCAAAGAGCUGCCAACAAAAACGGCCAUGGAUUCUUUUUCGGCAGAACCUCCCAUUCAUCACUGCGAUGGACAUUUGGCACCAGAUUCGUUGUCGGGUGAUAUAAAAAUUUGUACAGAUUGCGAAUCAAAAAUUCUCAAGAAACGCGUGUCCUUUCUCAGCGCAGCUAUUUAUCUGAAAUCAUCACCGUGGGGAUGGAUAAUCGCAUACCGACAACCGUAUCAUAGUUGGACAGAGUCGGAGACGAAUUUCUUGCAUCAGGUUUCAAACCAAUUAAGUUUAGCCAUCGGUCAUGCCGUCCUCGUCGAAGAAAAAUUAAAACGUGAGGCACAAGUGAAGGCCAUGAGAGAGACAAAUAGAGCAAAGAGUCAAAUAUUAGCCAAUACAUCUCACGAACUUCGUAAUUUAUUGGGAGCAAUUACUGGAGCACUUUCUGCCUUUGAAGGAACACAACUGACAACCGAACAGCGAGAUAUGGUUGAAGUAAUGUCCCGCGCAUCUGACGUUGUUAUAUCCGUGGUAAAUGAUAUCCUAGAUGCGGCCAAAUUGGAUGCGCAUAAGCUUACAUUGAUAAACCGCGUCUUUGAUUUAUGGGCGCUCGUAGAAAAGACUGUGACAUUGUUUGGUGAGCGUGUUGGCGCAAAGGAGCUUGAAUUGGUCGUUCUAUAUGACCCGGAGACUCUUUCGAGAUAUGUAAAGACGGAUCCGGAGAGACUGCAACAAGUGAUAAUGAAUCUGUUAUCUAACGCGAUCAAAUUCACAGAUAAUGGUGAAAUUGUGAUAAAGCUAUCAAUAAAAAACAGCGAAGAUAUGGCAAUAGAUGAUGAGUCUGAUAUUAACAAACUUUUGUGUGUAGAAAUAUCUGAUACCGGUGCCGGCAUUGACCCAGCGUCGAUUCAUCACAUUUGGGAGAACUUUUCACAAGGAGAUGCUUCAAUGACUCGCGGCCGAGAUGGAACAGGCUUAGGUCUCUCGCUAUGCAAAAGUCUAGUUGAGCUAAACGGUGGUGAAAUCGGUGUUGACAGUGAAGUUGGUAAAGGAAGUAAAUUCUGGUUUACGUGGAAUAUUGGGAAUAUAUCUUUACCGUCAAUACCAAAGCUACCAUCCGGAAAUGAUGAUACAAAUUUACAAGGUCAACCAAAACAGGCUGAAAAUGUCCUUAUAAUUGAUCCUGUGGAGGCGGCAAGAUCAGCUUACGCGAUGUUGAUUGAGGGAAGUGUCAAAAAAGUAUAUGCCUAUGCAGAUCAUACAAGCGCAGUCGAAGCAGCCAGAGAGUACAAUAAGAAACAUGACGGUCCUAUAUGCGAUUUGGCAUUUUUGAGCGUGAGCAAUAGUAAUGCUAAAGACGUUGAGAAUGCGGCCAAGGAGCUUAAGCGUAUUUGUGGAAAUGGGUUGACGAUUGUAUUGAUGGUAUUUUGGUCAAUCGAAGGUUACGCACUUGGGAAACGUAUGAUCGAGAGAAUAGGAGCGGAUGUUGUGGCUAUUAGCAAACCAGUAAUGCAUAAGCGUAUGAUGGAGUGUAUUUCUAAUUUUGGCAUGUUUUUGGUGAAGCCCGGAGAUGAGAACUACAAGGAACCGGAAAUAAAUAAUUUGUCAGCAUACAGUCAAUUCUAUAAUCAUAAUCGACCUACAGUCUGUUAUCCAACGAAAAGAGAUAGAAACGAACCAGUUAUAGUUCGAGGCGUUCUGCCAUCUUUAGAGGAGAGCGAAGCCAAGUCUAAAACCGCACUUGUUCCAAUGAAGAGAUCGGCGUCUAGCGAACUGAAGGAUCAAUCCGGUAAUGAAGAAAAAGCGAGCAAGUUGAGCAGAAUUGAAAGAGCACCCAAAUGUAUCCUCUGUGUGGACGAUAAUGCGAUCAAUCAAAAAAUUGUCAAAGCACAGCUGGAUAAAUUAGGGUACCAUUAUUUAACGGCAGAAAACGGCAAGGAAGCUGUUGACUUGGUACGGACACAGUAUGAAAAGAGCUUAUCUUCCUCGGCAUCCGAUAUCCAAACUAGUAGCAUGGAUAAUUCCCAGUCGUUAGAGUCCAAACUGAGAAUAUCGUUGAUUUUGAUGGAUUGCGCAAUGCCUGUAAUGUCGGGGUUUGAAGCAACACGAGCAAUUAGGUCGUUAAAUCCGGAACUUCGGACGCUUCCAAUCGUUGCGUUGACUGCAUCCGCAAUAGCAGAGACGCGCGAACAAUGUCUAGAGGCCGGUAUGAAUGACUAUCUAACCAAACCACUCAAGAUAAAACAACUGAGGGAGAAGCUGAAUGAGUGGUUGGGCGACAAUUAA